ACACUGCUCUACGGUGUCGCUUCCGACCGCGUGUGAUUUUCGAAACGUGGUGAAUAAGAUUUUGAAACGUAACGCCCGUGUGUAUAUACAAUUUAUACGUAGUUGGAGGAAUUUUUCGCCGCCGAGUGUGAACUUAUAUGUAAAAAUGGGCGACUACACGAAUGUAUAUAGCUUUCACGAUAAAACCCUCGCCGAGAGAUUGGAGGAAUACACCAACAUACUGUCCGCGCAAGGGAAAAUAGUCCCCGCCUCGAGCAUCCGGGCGGAAUGGGUCUGCGACGUGGAGGUCGUCAUCGAGCCGGUCGGCUGGCAGGCCCUGUGGAAGAUACCCCGUGGAACGUGCGAGAACUACGGCAUCCGCUAUCCGACCAUCGUCCUGGUGGAGGUGCUGGGGAUGGACUUUCCCGUGUUGAACGCCCUGGUGAAGAUCACGGCCGUUCAGGACGACAUACACCUGCCCGAGAAGCACGAGGUGUCGCUGAUCGAGCUGUAUCCCACCAUCGAUCAGACGAACCCCAGCCUGGACAUAGUCGGCACCGCGCACUGCGUGGACCGGCUGCGGUUCUUCUACAAUUACCUGUGGAUGCCAUGGGACGAGGACGAGGAUGACAAUGUCGAUUGGGUGGCGCAGCACCUGGAGCGUAGGAUCAGACUGUUCUUCGACAUGAACAACGGGGUCAUCGGUAAGGAGACGUGCGAGAUUAUCAGAUCGCUCACCAGCGAGGCAAGAGAGAUACAGAAGAAGAUCUCCACGUACGAAUCGUUGCUGCCCGAAGACUUUCAGGAGGACGACUUGCCCGAAGAGCUGGCACAGGAGACGUGCACCCUGAUGAAGCUUCACUUUAGACUCCGGCAGAUUAAAGCGGAAAUGGACCUGCUGGAGAAUCCCUCGCUGAGAGGACUGCUUGGAAAGAAUCAGUCGUAUAACAGAAGAAAAAAGCGCGGCGAUAACGAAAAUCGGAGAAGCGCGUACUACUUUGUGUGGCCGGGUGGUGUUGUUAAAGAGAUGCAGGAACUUUCUAAUAAAAUUCAAACAAUGCUGCCCGAGGACGCGCCCAUUAAAAUUAGUGGGUAUCUGGACGAUGUUAUGGAGGUGUUCGAGACGGGCGACACUGUUUUACUAGGCGAAGGAAACUAUUCGAUUAAAGGCUCCAACGGAUUGCAAGAGGGAGGUUCAAUUAUAGGAAUUUCUUGCGCGGACAACACCGCAAUUUCUCCACUCGAGCCGGAUAUGUCGUCAUCUCUGUUCGACUUUUCCGGCAACGAGAUAUUGUUGAGGAAUAUCUGCGUCGACUUCGGAGCACUUCAGGCAGGCAUAAUUGUGAGAAAGGACUGUACUGUACUUGUAACUGGUUGCAGAAUACGUGUGUCUAAUGUCAGUGCAAGUAGUAGCGCCAAAUGGGGUGCGGUCGUUAUGCCGGGGGCGAAGUUAGUACUUGAGAACACGGUGUUCCAAGGACUAGGGACCGCCGUCAUUAUUUACGGAACCGGUGAAGUUGUUAUGAAUGAUUGCCAGUUCGAUGGCUGUUGCGAGGGUGUACGGCUCAACGACAACGCCCGUUUUACCGCGACCAAAUCCUCCUUCGAGUGCAUCGAGAACGGACAGGCAAUAGUGAUGGAAACCGAGAAAGUGACUCGCUCGGAGACCGUAGAGUUGGGAAACGAGCAUAGCAGCGUGUCUCUUAAAAACGUCUCUUUAAACGAAUGUAAAUUUUUUAACGAUGACAAAGGGAGCGUCACACUGAGACCGAAAGACACCACUGCUCUCACGCAGAGACACAUUGAUUCUACGGCGGAGGUGCGAGCCUGUAAGGAAGAAGCCAUGGAAUUAUGAGUUUCACGUUUAAUCCGUCACACAAUUAUAAAUUUCCCUUAGACUCGUUAUUACCCUUUUGAUACAAGUGCAAACUUAUUGGUAUAUUUAUAAAAACGUAUUUUAUAAA